AUGAUGUAUUUAGCGGCCAAGAGCGAAGCGGAUCAUUACGCGAGAGAGAUGAAACGAGAACAAGAAGAGAUCCUGGCCGUUCCUGAGACUGAGGCAGCUGAGGUGGCAGAGAUUCUGGCACAGUACGGAAUAGAGCCACAUGAAUAUUCACCUGUUGUUAAUUCUCUUCGUAAGAAUCCUCAAGCAUGGCUUGAUUUUAUGAUGAGGUUUGAGCUGGGACUAGAGAAGCCUGAUCCAAAAAGAGCGUUACAAAGCGCGUUCACGAUUGCACUCGCUUAUGUUCUUGGCGGUUUAGUGCCGCUGUUUCCGUACAUGUUCAUCCCAAAAGCCUUAGAUGCGGUCGUGGCUUCUGUGGUUGUAACGCUGUUCGCUCUCUUCAUAUUUGGCUACGGAAAAGGGCAUUUCACCGGCAGCAAACCCUUUAAAAGUGCGUUUGAAACCGCCUUUAUAGGAGCGGUUGCCUCAGCGGCUGCGUUUUGUUUGGCUAAAGUUGUGCAACAUUAG